GACACUACUGUUCGGGAUUUCUGUGGUUGGAUUAGUGAUCGAGCCUCGGUGUACCACUCAGAACCGUAAUUAUAACGCCUCUGGCAUAUUCGUCAACGAGGUCUAACUCACCAUUCGACCCAGAGAUUACGAAUCAAGGACGAACGUUAUUGGUAAUCGAUCGGAUCCGGUGCUAUCUGGCUGGCUGGGGAACUCGUAUAAAUCUUCAGUUCUAAUCCUCCUUCAUUUACAUUACUCUGUAGUUACCUCUUCUUUUACAUUCUCUCUAACGCCCCCACCACAAGAAUCUGUCUUUUUUUUUUACCAGCAUGUCGUUUCAAAAGGCAGUCGCCAUCACUGCGCCCCAGGUUGCGACCCUUGUCACAGACAGACCCCUCCCUAAGCUGCGAGAUGACUAUAUCCUUGUCAAAACGGUCAGUGUGGGCUUGAACCCCACUGAUUGGAAACACAUAGCGUUUCUCGCGCCCCCUGGUGUUCUUGUCGGCUGUGACUACUCUGGCAUCGUGGAAGCGGUUGGUAAAGAUGUGAGCAAGAAAUUCAGCAAGGGAGAUCGUGUGUGUGGCUGUGUGCAUGGUGCCAAUGCGGUGCAGCCCGAGGACGGCGCAUUCGCCGAGUAUAUCGUGGCAAAGGGCGAUCUGCAAAUGAAAAUACCUGAUAACCUGAGCUUUCAGGAAGCCGCCACAUUAGGGGUGGGAAUCACCACUGUCGGCCAAGCCCUGUACCAGAGUCUGAAGUUGGCUCUGCCUACUGAACCAGCCCAGAACUCGCCUUUUAUUCUCAUCUACGGGGGCUCCACGGCCACUGGCACACUAGCUAUCCAGUUUGCCAAGCUGUCUGGAUGCAAGGUUCUUACCACAAGUUCGCCUGCACACUUCGAUCUCCUCCGCAAACUUGGUGCGGAGGCGGUGUUCGACUACAAUGAGCCCCAGGCGGCUGCGGAUAUCCGGAAGUAUACCGACAACAAUCUGAAGCUAGCACUGGAUUGUAUUUCCCUCGAGACCAGUGCCCAGUUCUGUGACAACGCUUUAUCUACCGAUGGUGGCGAGUACAGUGCCCUCCUACCUGUUGGCAUCGGGCGUGCCAAUAUUUCUGCCCGCUCAACACUGGCGUACACAGCAAUCGGGGAAGCUUUUACAUUUGGAGCGACUCCCGUGCCAGCCAACGCGGGAGACAAAGCAUUCGCAGAGAAAUUCUGGGCCCUAGCAGAGUCGUUGCUGGCGCAAGGAAAGAUCAAACCCCACCCACACCGUGUAGGUCAAGAUGGGCUCAAGGGAGCGUUGCAGGGUUUGGAUAUGCUAAAGGAGGGCAAAGUAAGGGGAGAGAAGCUAGUUUACAACGUCGAUGAGACUAUUUAGACGCAUAGUUAUUUGUCCCAAUAUUGAAACUCGAUUAGUCCAUUGUAAUGAAUCACUCCCCUCCCACGUAUGGAAGAGUGACACAUUGAUUCAAGUUGCGAGCCAUAACAUGGCAGGAGCUAUAAAGUUUAUUGGCUCAUGUAUUGCAAACACAUUCCUU